AUGACCGACUCAUGCUCCGGCAGCCACAAGCCUGACCUCCCUUCUGAGGAAAAGUCUAUUGCAAGACGACAGAUCGACGACAAUUCCUGGUUGAUUGGCGGGGUAGUCAUAUCCCGGCAUGCCUCUGAACCAUCUGGCCCUUGCUGGGGCGAUGGUAAAGGGGGUUUCUUCACCAUUUCCGAAGCACCAAACCCAAGGCCGACAACUAGGCCAAUCUCAAAAAAUGAUGACUGCCCCAUCGAGGAUCAUCUUUUACUGGAACCCAGCUCGUAUAAUAUCUACCAAGUCGGCCUCGCCUUCUUGGCCAUUGAUGAUGGCAAAGGGACACCAGAGCACAUCACCUUGGAAGCCUUGGCCAAAAUUCCCUUGAGUUUUCAAAUCCCAAAGGUCUACUACCACGGCGUCCACGACGAUAGAUACUACAUCGUCUACAGCGCUCUUCCUGGCAAGACUAUCUGCGAAGCCUGGCCAGAAACGAAUGAUGAUGCAUUGAAGGAGCGGUGGCUUGAGCAGAUCGUUGACAGCUGUGUCGAGUUGUCUGCAUUGAGUAGCCAAGCCAUGACUGGGAUCACCGGUGACACUCUGGCCGAGUGGUGGCUCUCUAGGGACUUCCUCGAAACUUCGGUUACACCUGAAUCUCUUCUACAAACCUGUAAGGAGAUAGGUAUGGACUGCUCAAACUUGGUGUUUCAACAAAACGACCUGUCACCGCUUGCUUUCACGGUGGAUGAAAGUGGUAAGCUGCUCGGUAUCUACCACUGGGGUGAUGCUGGCUUUCUCCCUAAGGACUGGAUCCUGACAAAAGCCACUUCCAACCCACAUCUGAAAGCUUGGAACAGGCAAAAAGCUUGGAAGACAAGUGAGAGGAACAAAUGGAGCAUGGGCAUUAAGGGUGCUCUACAGGAAAGGGGAUUCCGUGAACGUUUCGAGGCAAACGGCGAAUGGAGGGAAAAGGUUUUCAGGGAUUAUAACGUUCAGAAUAUGCGAGGGAUGCAAGGAAUGCAGGGGGAUCAAGAGUAG